AUAUGUUUUUGUAUGCGUGAAGUGUGCACUAUCUUUCAAAUCCGUUUCACAUAAUAUUUUAUGUAUUAAUAUACUAAGAAGGGCAUUUGCAGAAUACGUAGCAAAAUGGUUUUGUUGACUAUGAUUGCAAGGAUAGCUGAUGGCCUGCCUUUGGCGGCAACAAUGCAAGAAGAUGAACAGUCCGGGCGAAACAUACUGGAAUACCAAAAUCAAGCUAAAAUGUUGUUCCGGAAGCUGAAUACAUUAAGUCCAUCUCGUUGCAGCAUAGAAACUGGACCAUAUUUAUUUCACUACCUUAUAGAAAAUGAUGUUUGCUACCUUGUGUUAGCAGAAAAGAACUACUCAAAAAGACUUGCAUUUUCAUAUCUCGAAGAUUUGGCGCAAGAAUUCCACUCACAGUAUGGGAAAAAAGUAAAUACAGUAACAAGGCCUUACAGUUUCAUUGAAUUUGAUACUUACAUUCAGAAGUCCAAGAAAGUAUUCACGGAUUCACGAGCUCGUCGAAACCUCUCAGCUCUUAAUACAGAACUGCAGGAUGUGCAGAGGAUAAUGGUUCAGAAUAUUGAUGAUGUUCUGCAGAGAGGAGUUGUAUUAUCAGAAUUGGACACAAAAGCACAGAAUCUGUCAAUGCUGUCACAGAAAUACAAAAAAGAUGCUACAUUCCUCAACACCAAGUCAAUGUACAUGAAAGCAGCAGUUGGUUGCAUCGCUGUUUUAGUGGUGUUCCUCUACUUCUGGGUCCUGUGAAUUAUCAUGUGAAGACUGUUUAGAAUGUGGCUGUGAAGACAGUACAAGACACAGCAAUUCCUUUAUUGCUCUUCCAUUGCAAGUUGGUGAGCUUUUUCUGCUCUUCCCAUGCCAGUUUCCUGCUCCUGUAGAGCAGCACUUGACUUCAACCUGCCACAUUUUGUCCUCUGGUAUAGUGUAAGUUGCAGUGGGUUAGGAAUUAAAGGACUUGAUGUGGUAUGUUGGCAAGGAGCAGCAGUUUGGGGUUGUUGAAUUCUUUAAAUAAGUGCUAAGGUGGUAUAUAGUUUUAUGUGAACUGACAUUUUUACUGACACUGGAAUGGUAUUGGUGUUUUCAGUAUAAUAAGUUACAUCAGUUUCUGUUGUUAAAUAUAUCCUUAUACAUACACAUUGAUUUGUACUUUAUAUCUGCCUGGUGGCUCUGAUUUCAGAGUAAUUAUAAUGAUUUGGCCAAUAUGCCACAUCCAAAAGUUGCUUUACUGAGAUGGUAAAGGUUUAAACUGUGAUUAUUUUCCCUUGCAUUCAGAUUUUUAUUUGCAGCAGAUGGUAACACUGUGGUUAUGCCAGCACUUGUAUUGUUGGGGUAUUUACUGGUUGUAAAUAAAGUAGUGCUUUCCUGGAACAUGAAUAUAUUCUCAAUAAAGCAACUUUUAUUAUAUUAUUAUUAUUUAGGACCUCUUGUAUAUUGUGUGUGUAUUCCAUAUAGAAUUAUGGAUAUAUGGACAUGGAGAGGGGAAAUACACAAUUUUAUUUAAUAAGCUUAAAUUUACAUUGUUUCCUCUCAUUGUGUUUGUUGGUAUAGUGUUUCAGGCUUGAGCUGUGACACGUAUGAAGUCACUUUAUAGGUGAUAAUGAAUUGUGGCAAAAUCUCAGGAGAUAUAUGAGGGAUCUGUGUUCAGUUUUCAGCAGUAGUGAGACUCAAACUGGUGAAGUUAACUUUAGGAUAUAUUUAUGGAUAAAAGUAAAGUCAGAAUCUACUUCACUGUGAAGAUAUCCAUCAGAUAUUUCAAACAUAUCGUUCAUCAACUGUGAGCUGGACUGGCUAGGAAAUGGAUUACAGGGCUUUGGUUUCUGGCAGGGCAAAAGAUUCUUCUCUAUGCCACCACAGAUUCUGGGGCCUGUGCAAUGGGUACUGGGCAAUUUUCCCCCAAAAAUAAAUUGGCCAGAGUAUGAGCUUGACCCUUCAUUCCCAUCUGGUGUGGGGGUUAACAUGCUUGGAGCUAUACCUCCAUUGUAUAAUAUACUUUCAAAAUAUGGUGCUUGGACACAAAAAUUGUUGUAUAUUUUUUCUUACACUGAUCAGUUCAUUGACACCAUUUUGUAAUGUCUCUAAGGAACUUGGUCUUUAAUUUGGGAUAUGUAAAUUCUGAGAGUAUAGAUGGGUUACAUUCAUUGACGUGUAUUUUUGCCUAUAUGAAUGCACCCUUACGACAUGAUGCAGUUUUAAAAAUUCUUUUGAGCUGAGUGCUUGUGUAAUCAAAGCUGGAGUGAGGUGUGAAAGAUGGUUUUGAAUUUACCAGGAAAAUGACUGUACUACGAAUUGAGGAUCCUUUCUUGCACUGUUCACCUGGAUUUGGGGUCCUUUCUUGCCAAUGGGGUGCAACAGUGUGUCCCAUUUAUCUGAUUUUGGGUUCAUGCCAAAUGUGCAUAAGUGUCCUGUCCUGUUUGAAUUGAGAAUCCUGUCUUGCCCAGUAGUGAACUAGGGUAUUUGUGUUUGCUCACUUAUUAUUUUCAUCAGCUCACCAUCAUAUUCUUCAUGCAGCACCUAGUUCCCUUCUGUGUGCCUGAGGUUGUGAUUCACAUGUUUCCUCCUAUUAAUUUUCCACUGUCUGAUCAUUCUGAUCACUAGAAUCACAUCUUCUGAUAAACUCUGGAAUGUGCUGUUAGCAAUAUUUUCACAUUUAUUUAUGUAGAAGGAACUGGAUAAUAUGAAUCACUAUCAUGUAUUUACUGUUAAAGUCUGGAUGCAAUUUUAUGUUAAUUUCAGUCACAAGCUUGAAAAUAUGGAACCCUGUAAUUUAAGUACUACCGUCAUAUAAAUUGAUCUUUAACAGCCAUUAACUUCAGUCCACAGCUAAGCAUACCGUUUCUAAUUAGCACUGAUAUUUCUACUGCUAAUGCACAUGUCUAAUCUGGUGACUGUUCAUUUCUAUUACAUGACACCAUUAUUGCCUUGACGUUCAUUUACCGUGGAUACAAACAGAUUGUAAUGAACGGGAAAUAUAUUUCAUUUCACUUUAUGGAACCAAGAGACUACUAUGACUACACUUCAUUCAAAGUGUAGGAUUAGUAAAGGGUUAAUCAAAAUGGGAAGCACAGCAGAUCAUUGAAGGUUCAGAUUAUGGCCUACUAGGGUUCCCAGAUACCUCGUUUUCUUCCGUGUUUUCACCCAAAUUUUGUUCCUCUGUUUAUUGUUUACCCAGAGUCGAUAAUUCUCCGUUUUUUUAUUUAAGUCCAUUGCGAAUUAUAUUUCAUUGGUUAAAUAUUAUCAUAAAAUUUCUGUAAUCCUUGGAAAAUGACAUUGUUAUAGUUUCUUUCGUUAUGUUGCAUUUCGUGAAUGUUGGCAACACUUGAGGUUCUAAACCAAAGUGGAGGUUGUUGGUGACAGUGUAUUUUUAAUCCGUUCCAUCUUUGUUAGAGAGGGCUACGUAAUAUUUUUUUGUUCUAUAAAUGUGUAGUAGGCCUAUGUAAUACAGAUGUGUAGUAGCAUUUUGUAAGUUAUGUAGUAUGUUGAUUAUAUUUUAUAGCCUGUUAGUUGUGAAAAAUGUCGUUACAAACGAGCAACGAGACAUUGCUCCUUUUUUUAUUUUACAGACUCUGGCAACCCUAGGUCUACCCCUCAUACAUUCAUUCAUACUUUUAUUUCAUAACUUUGUGGCACAUUCGUAUUUUAUUUACAAGGCUAAACAACAAUAGAGGAAUAUAUUAUUCUUUCUUUGUAUUUCAACAAUUUCAUGCCAAAGUAAUUAUAGUAGGUGAAUUUUUAGAGCGCUGUUGUAUUGUACUUUGAGUUAUAAAUAUUAAAAUAUCUAAGUUGUACCUUAAUCCCCAAAUGUAGCAGACAGCAGCCCUAAAUACUGUGUUCACAAAGCUUAAUAGGAAUAGAUGCUGAUCUAGAAUUAACACAGAAAGGACCAAAUAUAUGUUUGUGUUUCAAAACGAGGGGUGGGGGGAUCAGUAGAAUUUUAGAAUUCAGCGCUGUUCGUCUAGAUAUAAUCAUAGAAUCCUUUGAGAAAGAAACUAACAAAUUCAAAUGAUACACAUAAUGAAAUAAAUCUGAGAAGUGAAUGC